CUAUCAUCGAGGCAAUUCCCGUUCGGGAGAGCCAUGCCAUCCCCUCUCUGUCAUUCGGCAAGAUCAAAGCGAGGACGAGAAUCUCGUCCAUCUAUUCGAAAAUGGCACCUGGCCGGCCUAGGGCACCUACCAUUACCAUCGAUACCACGGCGGUGAACCCAAGUCCCCAAGAUGAUGCGCCCGAAGAUGGUGUCUCGAGACCCGCUGGUCACUCGCCUGUCUCCACGUUUGACGAUGGCCACAGCCCAUCGACAGUUGUCGACCCAUUGGCCCAGACAUGGACCACCACCUCACACAGAAUCACGCGCGAGUCCUCCGAUGUACACGAGGGCCGACCAAUUUUAAAUACAGAACCAUCUUAUGAAAGCAGUCGCCCAACAAGCCCUCACAAUGUCUCCAGCCCGGUCUCCAGGGGGACCGACGGCGUCUUCCUUUCUGUCCCAGGCAACCAAAAUCUCCGUUCAAGGCAGAACAGUGUCGACUCGUCUGACGGUGGAUCUCGGCCUCGGUCAUCAACACAGCUGGAUAUGGGCACCACUCUCUACCAGAGCGAGCAGGGAGACAACAAGGCCGCGAUCUCGGCAGAAUUGGAUAAUGAAAAAAUAAUGAGCGACCCUAAUGCGUUGAAACCUGACCAAGGAAAAGAGGCGGACUUCCAGGUCGACGACAACCCAUUUGCUUUCAGCCCUGGACAGAUGUCCAAGAUGUUCAACCCAAAAAGUCUCGCUGCGUUUUAUACAUUAGGAGGACUGAAAGGCAUAGAAAAGGGCUUGCGAUCAGACAGACACGCCGGCCUGGGCGUCGAUGAGAACCACUUGGAUGGGCAGGUUUCUUUCGCGGACGCGACGGGUUCCAAGAAAAUCGAGACCGAGGGCACAAGCUCCGCAGCCCCGGAGGCGACCACCGAGACGCAUACCCACUCGGCGGCAAAUUCGGAUAACCAUUUCACCGACAGAAAACGAGUGUUCAGCGACAACCGGCUUCCGGAGAAGAAGGGCAAGAGCUUGUUGCAGCUGAUGUGGAUCACAUACAACGACAAGGUGCUGAUUUUACUUUCUAUUGCGGCCGUCGUGUCGCUGGCCAUUGGCCUCUACCAGACAUUUGGUACAAAACACGACGCAGCAAACCCGCCGGUCGAAUGGGUUGAGGGUGUCGCCAUCAUUGUGGCUAUUCUGAUUGUUGUUGUUGUCGGUUCUCUUAACGACUAUCAAAAGGAACGACAGUUCGCCAAGUUGAACAAGAAAAAGCAGUCCCGAGACGUCAAGGUUGUGCGGUCGGGAAAGAUCAUCGAAAUCAGCGUCUUCGACAUCCUCGUCGGCGAUGUGCUCCACCUUGAGCCGGGCGACAUGAUUCCGGUCGAUGGAGUAUUGAUUGAGGGGUUCAACGUCAAAUGUGAUGAGUCGCAGGCCACGGGAGAGUCCGACAUCAUCCGAAAACGGCCAGCUGACGAGGUCAUCGCCGCCAUCGAGAACGGGGAGGACCUCAGCAAGAUGGACCCAUUCAUUCAAUCUGGAGCCCGUGUCAUGGAAGGAGUCGGAACGUUCAUGUCCACAGCCGUCGGCAUCAACUCGAGCUAUGGCAAGACUCUCAUGGCCCUGAACGACGACCCUGAGAUGACGCCGCUGCAGUCAAAGCUUAAUAUCAUCGCCGAGUACAUCGCAAAGCUCGGAGGUGCCGCCGGUCUGCUGCUGUUCAUCGUGCUCUUCAUCGAGUUUCUGGUCAAGCUCAAGUACCAAGGCUCUCUGUCGCCAGCCGAGAAGGGCCAAGAGUUCCUCAACAUCUUCAUCGUCGUUGUUACUAUCAUCGUGGUGGCUGUACCCGAAGGUCUGCCACUGGCUGUCACACUGGCUCUGGCUUUCGCGACAACGCGCAUGUUGAGGGACAACAAUCUGGUUCGGCAUCUCAAGGCUUGUGAGGUGAUGGGCAAUGCCACCACUAUCUGCUCGGACAAGACGGGUACUCUGACCCAGAACAAGAUGCAGGUCGUGGUGGGUACCAUCAGCACGUCACAUCGAUUUGGCGGAGCACCACCCCAGGCCGGAGAAGACGACAAGAACGAAAAGCCGUCCACAGACGUCAGUGCUGCAGAGUUCGUCAAGAUGCUCGGUCCCGAUGUCAAGGAGCUGCUGAAGAACUCGAUUUCCCUGAACUCCACGGCCUUUGAGGGCGAGGUUGAUGGGCAGAUGACCUUCAUUGGGUCCAAGACCGAGACCGCUCUCCUCAUCUUCGCCAAGGAACAUCUCGGCAUGGGCCCUGUCAGUGAGGAGCGGGCGAAUGCCAAAAUCCUGCAGCUCAUCCCCUUCGACUCAGGCCGCAAGUGUAUGGGCAUCGUGGUCCAGAUGUCUAACGGCAAGGCCAGGCUGUACGUGAAGGGCGCUUCGGAGAUAGUGCUUGCGCAGUGCACGUCGAUGCUGCGAGACCCUUCCACGGAUUGCUCGAUUGCACCAUUCGGCCCGGAACACAAGGAAACCAUAACCAAGCUUAUCGAGCACUAUGCUUCGCAAUCUCUCCGGACCAUCGGUAUCGUAUACAAGGAGUUCGACAAGUGGCCACCAGCAAGAGCUCGCCGCGUGGAUGGCGAGAAGGAUGAGGUCCAGUUCGACACCAUCUUCUCCAACAUGGUGUUUGUCGGCAUGGUUGGCAUAAAGGACCCACUGCGUGAAGGCGUUCGCGAGGCUGUGAAGGACUGCCAGAAGGCCGGAGUUGUGGUUCGCAUGGUCACCGGCGACAACAAGAUCACGGCCCAGGCGAUCGCACAGGACUGCGGCAUCUUACAGCCUGACUCCCUCGUUCUCGAAGGCCCUGAAUUUCGUAACAUGCCCACAUCAGAACAGAUCAGUAUCUUGCCGAGACUGCAUGUGCUGGCUCGGUCUAGUCCCGAGGACAAACGCACUCUGGUUGGUCUUCUGAAGAACAAGGGAGAGACGGUUGCGGUCACUGGAGAUGGCACCAACGAUGCCCCAGCCCUGAAGCUUGCCGACGUCGGAUUCUCCAUGGGUAUUGCCGGUACCGAAGUCGCCAAGGAGGCCUCGGCAAUCAUCCUCAUGGACGACAAUUUCAACUCCAUCGUCAAGGCCCUGAAAUGGGGUCGUGCUGUCAAUGACGCCGUCAAGCGAUUCCUGCAGUUCCAGCUGACUGUCAACAUUACUGCUGUCAUUCUGACCUUUGUCUCAGCCGUUUCCAGCGAAUCUGAGUCCAGCGUCCUGACGGCAGUUCAGCUGCUAUGGGUCAACUUGAUCAUGGACACGCUUGCCGCGUUGGCUCUCGCGACCGAUCCCCCACAGGACAGUGUUUUAAACCGCAAGCCAGAGCGCAGGAACUCUUCCAUUAUCUCUACCACCAUGUGGAAGAUGAUCAUCGGCCAGGCCAUUUACCAACUUGUCAUCACCUUCUUGAUCUAUUUCGGAAAAGCAGCUGUCUUGCCCGGCCCUGAUGAUAUCACAGACGACCAGAUUCAAACACUGGUGUUCAACACGUUUGUGUGGAUGCAGAUCUUCAACCAGUGGAAUAACCGUCGUCUGGAUAAUCAGUUCAACAUCUUCGAGGGCCUCCUCAAGAAUUGGUUCUUCAUUGGUAUCAGCAUCAUCAUGUGUGGUGGACAGGUCCUCAUCGUCUUUGUCGGUGGCAAGGCAUUCAACAUCGCCAGCGGCGGGCAGUCUGCCAUCAUGUGGGGUACCGCCAUCCUGCUUGGAUUCCUGUCGAUUCCUAUCGGCGUUGUCAUCCGCCUCAUUCCCGACUCGCUUCUGGAGAAGAUGGUACCCGAAUCUCUCAAGCGCAGGGCCCAGUCCAAGGUGCCUGAAUUCACCGUCUCGGACGACGAGGAGCGUUUCCAGCACUACCCAGCCCCGUUCGCCGACGUCCGCGACGAGCUUGCCUUCAUGAAGCGGCUCAAGGGCGGACGUGUUAACAAUCUCAAGUUCGCCAUGAAGCACCCACGCGAAACCUUCAUUCCCAAGUACAAGAGCCCAUCCCACUCGCGUCAGAACUCCCGGUCCAACUCCAUACGACUGCCCAUGACGCCAACCCGAGAGAAUAGCUUCGGAUCAACGAGUGCCGGUAAUAUGCUUGGCCAAGGCACGCCCGAGUCCAGCCGGAAACCUUCUCGGUCGAUACGCUCCAGGUCCAACUCGGCUCUAGGCGCCGCGACGCUGAUGACAGGCCUUGUAGCCGGCAGCGUCGGUGCAGCGGGCUGGUCACCCGUAGACAGAGCCGCUGACUGGCAACAGUUUCCUCCCGUCAAACCAACACCCUCGCCACUAGGUGCUGCUGCUGCUGCUUCUUCGUCCUCCAAACCAGACGAGAGCUCAUCAUCAUGACACCUCCAUGACUGGCUGAUCAAACAGCCACUAGCGGCGAAAUAAAACCAACAAAAAAUGGAAGGUGUUCGGAUUUGAGAAGGUAAUGAUGACCUUGGUGUAUUCUAAACGUUUAUUUCUUCUUUCUUCUCCGGAUGGCUGGGACAGGGUAUCUCGAUAGACAGUACCGGUAGUAAUGCAUACCCUAAAGCUUUUGUGAGGGC